AUGGCUGGAAUGUUGGCGCCCAACGGGGAUGCGGAGUAUCUGAACCUAGCAACGAAGCGACUCCAAGAACCAUCUCGAGAGUCUUCCGUCUUGGCAAAUAAUGUAGCAAACCAUCUCAGCAUUGAAAUCUCGGAGGACCCAAUGCAGCAGGAACUUGACGAUUUCAUCGAUGAGCUGGAUGAAGCGGAGCACGGGCCUACGGCGCCGUACGUCUCAUCAUUACCUACCGGACUUUGCUACGAUGUCCGUAUGCGUUACCACUGCGAGCUCGAUCCACCAAAGCAGAGUCGGGACUUUCAUCCUGAGGAUCCGCGGCGGAUUUUCAAGAUCUACAAAGAGCUAUGUAUGGCCGGCCUGGUCAACGAUCCUAUGCUGAAUACCGGGAAUUUGAUACCCAACCCGCUUCUUCGGAUCGACGCUCGCAAUGUCUCCGAGUCGGAGGUUUGUUUGGUACACGAUAAAAGACAUUGGGACUUUAUGGUGACUACUGCAAGUAUGGCACCAGACGAUCUGGUUGUCUUGGAAAGAACGUUCGAUUCUAUCUAUCUGAAUGUGACGACUUUUAGAUUCAAGAAUGCCAUUGCGGUGAUCCGACCUCCGGGACAUCAUGCAGAGUGUAAUCAACCGAUGGGGUUCUGUAUCUUCGAUAACGUCAGCAUUGCCGCCAAAGUUUGUCGGUCGGAUUUUCCAGAGACAUGUCAAAGGAUCCUGAUACUUGAUUGGGAUGUUCAUCAUGGUAACGGCAUACAGCAGGCGUUCUACCAAGAUCCAAAUGUUCUGUACAUCUCUCUCCACGUUCACGAGGAUGGCAAUUUUUACCCUUCUGGUAACUAUGGUGAUCAUUUGCACUGUGGUGGUGAGGCUGGAUUAGGAAGGAACAUUAACAUCCCCUGGCCCACCAAAGGCAUGGGCGACGCAGACUAUAUGCUUGCCUUUCAGCAUAUUGUCAUGCCUGUUGCCUACGAGUUCGAUCCCGAUUUGGUGAUUAUCGCCGCUGGAUUUGACGCUGCUGAGGGCGAUCAACUUGGCGGCUGUUUCGUCACUCCAGCGUGUUAUGCUCAAAUGACACACAUGCUUAUGAGUCUUGCACAAGGAAAACUUGUAGUGUGUCUUGAGGGUGGCUACAACCUCACAUCAAUCUCGAAAUCGGCUUUAGCUGUGACGCGAACUCUUAUCGGUGAGAUGCCAGACCGGAUACGAGAUACAAAAGCGACGGAAACAGGCAUCGAAACCGUUCAAAUGGUGGCUAUGUACCAGUCUCGGUUUUGGACAAGUCUUUACCCCAAGAACGCGCAUCAAGACAUUGGCAAUAAACAUGGCGCGGAGCGCAUGCACGAUGUGAUACGUUACUACCAAGCAAGCCAACUCAAGGAGAACCACAACAUGAUUAAUGUCAAGGUGUAUCGCGAGAAGCUUUCCAAGUCAUUUGAAAAUCAAGUGAUUGCAACGCCCAAUUUUGAGGAGGCAGUGCCACUAGUAGUGAUCUUCCAUGACCCGCCGGAAUUAAUGGGGACGCCACAUCCUGUCACCCAUAAGCUGGAGUUGCAUAAUACAUGGCUCGCUGAUGACUUGAAGCAUUAUGUCGAUUGGGCCGCAAACCUCGGAUACGGAGUUAUUGACGUGAACGUUCCUAAGCACCUCACCACUACUGAAGAAAACAAAGGCUAUGGGGUAGAAGAUGAGGCCGAGCGUUUUUCUGCAAGCAAUGAGCUUGCUGUAUAUCUUUGGGAGAACUACAUCGAUUGCAAUGAUGCCACAGAGAUCUUCUUCUUUGGCGCCGGAUUUGCGUAUGAAAGCAUUAUACAUCUCCUCAUCAACCGAGAAGAAGAUUUCACCAAGCGGGUCACAGGUAUGGUCAACUUCAUCUCCGGAAAUCGCCUGAAAGCGGUCUCAGACCACGGCUUCUUCCAGCAUGGCCAGUCAUUGUCCAAAUGGUACCGAGCAAAUUCUGUCAAUUUUGUGGCAAAUAACCAUCUGGUCUGGGAUAUAGACGGUUCUAAGAAACCCUCGAAACGCUUUGGGAAUCUCGUGCGGAGUCCGGUCUGUGGCUUGAACGACAUGCUUGGGCAGCAUCAGGAGGAGGUACAGGGUUUCAUCACAAGGAGAGUGGUCCGGAGAGACGAUGACAUCGAGGAAGAGGAGAAAUUGAUGUGA